GUUAGCCGCGGCUAACAGGAAGGCAGUAAUGAGGACGCAUUGAGGAGCAGAACUUGGCAACGAGCGGAGGGUCCAGACAGGGACUUUGUAAAACUCUCUUUCGGACUCACCUGAGGCAGGAGGAAGUGUUACUCCGCCGGAGGGCAGGCAGGACGGAGUUUCCACGCCGGUGUGUCUUAUACGUUCAGCAGAACCGACACUAAAGCUCAGUGUGAAGACCAGACCGGCAGCAUGUCUUCAGCGGUGGAUCUCAAGACGAAGGAGGAGAAGGACGCGGAGCUGGACAGACGAAUCGAAGCUCUGAGGAAGAAGAACGAAGCUCUGGUGAAGAGGUAUCAGGAAAUAGAGGAAGACAAGAAGAAGGCAGAGCAGGAAGGCAUAGCCGUGACGACGCCUCGUAAGCCCCGCCCCCACGAGCCGGAGCCGGACAGGCGGAAGACGGAGAAAGAGAACUUCACCGUCACGGUGGACCUGUCGAAGACGGCCGGGGAGAAGCGAGUGGUGAACGACUGGAAACCUGGAACGCCGCGCGGGCGCAAGCCGUCGGAGGAGGGCGACGGCCACCGAGGUCAAAGUGACGGACGCAGCCCCCCCAGGAGGGCGGGGUCCGGGCGGGUGGGCCGCGGGGGUCAGAGAGGAGGAGGAGGAGGAGGGGGUCGACAGGAGAGGAGGGAGUGGGAGCCCAGAACACCCAGAGAUGAAGGAGGAGAGAUGGGAGGUCCGGGACGGAGAGGAGGAAGGAGAGGACGAGGAGGCGGCGGCGGCGGCGGUGGAGGUGGCGGGGGAGGAGGAGGAGGAGGAGUGGAGGGCACACCAGGUGGCGGCGAUCGGAAAUCAAAGGAGUGGGAGGAGAAGCGGCGGCAGAACAUCGAGAAGAUGAACGAGGAGAUGGAGCGAAUCGCCGAGUACGAGAGAGGACAGCGGGUGGAGGGGGACAAACCCAUCCGCAACUUCCUGGACGACCCCCGCCGCUCGGGCCCGGCGCCGGACAUCGACCGCAAGGAGGGCAGCAGGAGACACGUCCGCAACUGGGGGGGGCUGGACUUCGACAACGUGAAGACGGGGGCGGAGCUGGAGCGGGAGUGGACGAGCCGCCGCCCGGGACCCAAAGGCUCGCUGGACAUGACCAUGUCCAUGACGGGCCGCGAGCGCGCCGAGUACCUGCGCUGGAAGAAGGAGCGCGAGCAGAUCGACGAGGAGCGGCUGGCACGCCACCGCAACGCCACGGGCCAGUGGAGGCGGGAGUGGGACGCCCAGAAGACGGACAGCAUGUUCAAGGAGGACGCAGGUGUUCCUGCCGAGGGCGUCGUAGCCGAGCAGGGCGGCAGGAGAGACGACGGCAAGCGGCCGCCCAAAGCGCCGACGUUCGGGGACUUCCUGUCUCAGGGCCGGACCCCCGGGGCCCGAGGGGAGCGAGGCCGAGGGAAGGGCCGAGGCCAGAAGCCGAGCUACAGUAUGCAUGACAACCGCUGGGAAGGAGAGAAGGAGGACGAGGAGGAGAAGGAGAAACAGGACAAGACGAAGAGGGAGGAGAAGCCGAAGAAGGAGCGAGAGGAGGAGAAACCCAAACCUGCCCCGACGCCGAAGGUAGCGGAGAAGAACGGAGAGGAUGAGGAGGAGGAGGAGGAAGACGAGUGGGAGGAUGCCAGCGAUGGCGAGGACGACGUGGACGAAGGCAGCGACUCUGAACACGACUCCAGAGGAGACGAGAAGAAGGACAGAGGGAAGGAGAAGGGCUCCAAGAGGAAGGACGCCUCGCCCGCGUCUCCCAGGACUCGAACCCGGACCACGUCCGCCGGGAGCCCCAAAGAGCAGCGGACCCCUCGGCCCAAGGUCCACAUCCCGCCGCCGGCCGCGGCGCAGGACUCCCCCGAGGGCGGCAAGCCCGUCAGCCCCUUCUCCCCGCUGGACGGGCACCAGCCGGUGUCGGACUGGGGCGAGGAGAUGGAGAUGCUGUCGCCCCGCGGCAGCGUGGGCGGCGAGAGCCCCCCGAAGCCCCCCAGCGAGGACAGCAGCCCACCACAGAAGAAGAACCAGGACGCGGCGGUGGCGGAGGACCGGACCGCCAAGGGACCUGCUGAGACGGAGACGGAGGAGCACACAGCUGCCGUUAAAGUCCAGAACACUGUGAUCGUAUCGGAGCCGGAGGAGACUCCCACAGACUCCCCCAAUGGAGGCCCCGCCCCCUCCGAUCCACCUGGCCCCGCCCCCUCCGAUCCGUCUGGCCCCGCCGAUUCAGAUCAAUCUGGCCCCGCCCCCUCCGAGGUCAAUGAGUCCCAGGAUGCAGCAGCUGCUUCUUCAGAAGGGGACAAAGCGGACAAAGCAGACGUCCCCCCUCCUGCUGCCGUCCUGGAGGCUGAUCAGAGCCCGUCUCCCCCGGCGGCGGUGGCGGAGGAGAAGGAGGAGAAGAAGGAGGAGAAGAAGGAGGAGGAGGAGGAGGAGGAGGCGGCGGCGCAGGAGGCGCCUGCGGGGAGCGGAGCUGCUCCGUCAGCAGAGUCGUCCUCAGGCUGAAGCUGACGGGAAGAAGCGAGGAGGAGGAGGAGGAUGAAGAGCAGCGCAGAUUUCAUCGAGGGAGUGACCGUUGAUCUGAAACUCAGUGAUUUACUUCUUCAGGAGGGGGGGGGGGAGACUGCGGCUCCUCCGCCAGCUGCCCCCCCCCCCCCCCCCCCCCCUCCUCCUCCUCCUCCUCCUCCUCCUCCUCCUCAUAUCAACGUCCUCCGGAGUCGACCUCAGGAUCGGGACGGCGGAGCAGCGGCUCGCUGUGGCAUCUGGCAGCACCGCGCUGCGGGCCUCCCGGGUCAGUGGUGCGAUUCCAGCUGCCUUGCCGCCCUCGGCUCAUUUGCAUAAAGCCGAAUCCUGCGGACUUUAUGCAAAUGUGGCGGAGCACUUUGUUAAAACCUCUAAAGUCGCAACAGUGGAACCAGAGAGAGAGAGAGAGAGAGAGGCGCCAUGUUUGAUCGGGUUGAACUCUGACCUUUGGGGUGGGUUAAUGUGGGACUUUUAAAUCCAGAUAAUUCUGAUUUAAAAUGACCAUGUAAUGUCUUCAUUCCCAGUGAAGUCUUUAUUCCAAAUUGAACUUGAUUCUGAAUCGUUGGCCACGUUGCCCUGGGCCCCGUAUAAUGGGACUGUCGGCGAAGCGGACUGUAAAUGUGUCGUAUAAACACUGAGUGGAUCCGCUUCACUCGGAGCGGAUUGUAUUUCGGAUCCGAUUGCACGAGGUGGUGUACACCCAUCGAUCGCGCAUGCGUUCCCUCGUACGUAGUGACAUGAUGACGUGCGCAGUAAACGUUAAGCAGGACAGUCACAAACCAGCAGAAGAACUGGACGGUGGCUGAGAAACACUUGUUUUAUAUAUAAAAACCCAGAGAGAACAAACACUGGAGAGGACAGACGGCCGCAAAUCGCGCAACAGCGAGUUGUUCAAAGAAGUCCGAGGCAGACUGUUAGCAACCGCCCGGCCCGUGUUAUGGAUUAACUGGUUCCCGUGUUAAUGAGUGACGGGUUUCUGUGUGAACGGAUGUUAAAAUAAGGCUCACAAAAGACUCUAAAACUUAUAAACUUACUGUAACGGUAGAAAACCGAUCUUCGCUGGAACAAGACAAGUUUCAGUCAGCAUUUCAACAUCUGUUGGUCACAGGCUAACACGGACACCAGUUCGACAUAUUCGCGCCCACCGAGGGCAAAAGUCGCUUUCCUAAAGGUCAGAGGUCAAAGUUGGCAGUGUGUGUGUGUGCGCGCGGCUGUUGGGUGAGGAUGAGGAGACGUAGAAACGGAGUGAGUGUUUGUCUUCACUGGAGUCCGGAGCAGCAAAUCAACCAAUCAUCAACCGUCUGCAUGUUUUCACCCUGAACCGGCUUCUGGUCCUCUUUCACUGCAGCGAGACGGAGGACGGCCCGGUUUAUUCUGUUUGAGUUUCUGGGAUGAAAAGUCUUUUUUAGGUUUUUUUUUUGUUUUUGUUUGUUUUUUAAGAAGUCUGAGGAGGAAAACUCCACUCUUUGUAGAUAAAGUGGCGUAGAAGUGAGAGACGAGUGGAAUGUUGACCUUCCUGCAUGAGGCGGCGUCCUGCGACUCCGGGACGCUUCGGCUCGUCUUCUCUCAUUUCUGUUCCAACAUGCUUCUAAAGAGCCAUAUUUGUAUGAGUGUGUGUGUGUGAGUGUGUGUGUGUGUGUGUGUGUGUGUGUGUGGCCCUCCUCUCGUACCUCAGCAGACUUUGGGGGCGUCGCCGUGGUUUCCACUUCAGAUCCUUUCUUUGUGUUGUGAAGCUCGACAGUUGUAAGAAAUAAAAUCAUGUACAUUUCUUUCUUUCUUUUUUUUCUUUUUCUUUUUUUUUCCAGUGGAUUUAAAUAUACAAGAGUUUUGUGCAAAUCCAA